AGGGGCGUCACUCGCACGCGUCGCGAGGAAAAGCUGCGCCUCCCUCCGCCUCCGCCGGCGCCGCCGCCCCUCCGCGUCCGGGCUUCGCCGCCUCUCUGCUCUUCCAUUGCUCUGCCUCCGUCGCCCCUCCGCUGCUCGUGUCCCCGUCGGCUGCAACGCCACCACCCCCUCGGAGAACUCGAUCUACAGCAGCGCCUCCAGCUCGGCCAGCUCCACAUCAUAUUCUCUUCGGCACAUCCGCAUGCGGAACUGAGAGUUCGUGCUAUAGCUGGCUCUGGAUAGAGACAUAGUUCACAGGUCAGAGGCUAGUGAAGUCACAUACAGUUGCUAGAUCAAUGGCGAUCACUGAUUGAUCUGUUCUUGGUCAUAAGGAAAUCGCCCAACGCGUUGACUGGAUCCAUCUCCAAAUUGUUUCAUAUAUACAAGCAGCUGUUCUAGGAUGGCGACCCUGAGGAACUUGAAGAUCAAGACGUCGACGUGCAAGAGGAUCGUCAAGGAGCUGCGCUCGUACGAGAAGGAGGUGGAGAAGGAGGCGGCAAAGACUGCCGACAUGAAGGACAAGGGUGCCGAUCCCUACGAUCUCAAGCAGCAGGAGAAUGUUUUAGCGGAGUCAAGGAUGAUGGUCCCAGACUGCCACAAGCGACUUGAAACUGCACUGGCAGACUUGAAAGCAACGCUGGCUGAACUGAAGGAGUCAAAUGAACAAGGUGCUGAGAUCGGAGAAGCUGAGAGUACAAUCGCAGAGGUCGAAGCUGUGGUCAAGCCAACAGAAGAAUGAAUUCUGAACUCCCAAUUGCUGAACUACUAGCAAGCAUCCUUAUUGCUCUUGUUGAGACCUUGUGAGCUCGUUAGUAAGAUGUGUUUGAUGUAAACUCAUGUACCAGUAUCUUGACCUGGAAAUUCUACGACUGGGCACGGAAUUGUGUUUGCUGCUCUGCUUAUACGUGGGAUGGCCCAGGAGAGCACUUUUUCACUGAACAGCAAGGGUGAGGCCUUGCUGAGAUUUUUUUAUAUUUAUAUAAAAAUAUAAAUGGAAAGGAAAGAUUAUGAGUACUAUGAGAAA